UUAAUUAGUAGACCUUGGGGAUUAUCCGGAUAUGAAAGAGGGAAGGAGCGGGCUCCGGAUUUAUGGAUGGAGAAAGUUAAGAGGAGAGGCGGGAAGUUGGGUUUCCCAGGAUCUAGAGAUAGAGUGUACAGACCCGAGCAAAAGCCAAGCGUGGGCUAAGCGUUGCUGUCCACUUCCGGUUUAAAUCUAGAGCCGCAGAGCUUGACAGACUACCUAGCCCGGCUCCACCAGCCUAAGGUGUGGAAAAGGCCAGGAGACCCAGGGUGGCUUGAACACACCCUUAAUGCCAGAAUGUGUCUUCAUUACCCGUUUUUUUUUUUCCUGAGAGCCCAUCUGUUUACCCGCUUCAUCUGAGUUUGUGUUGGGGGGCAAGAUGGCAGCAAGAGAUGCCCAUUGAAGGCCUUUGGAGGUGCAACCUGGAACUUCAAGCUGGAGAACGUUAUCUAAACCCACCUAGGACGAACAGAUUUUGUAUUUGCCUACCGUUUAACUAUUCGGUCCUACCUUACAUAUACCGGGCCAUUGGCUCAAAGCAUCUUCCUGCCAGUAAUAUAAGUUUUGUGCAUUUCGAUUCACAUCCAGACCUCCUUAUUCCUGUGAAUAUGCCAGCUGACACUGUGUUUGACAAGGAAACACUUUUUGGAGAAUUAAGUAUUGAGAAUUGGAUUAUGCCUGCGGUUUAUGCUGGCCAUUUUUCUCAUGUUCUAUGGCUUCAUCCCACGUGGGCUCAGCAAAUCAGAGAGGGAAAACAUCACUUUUUAGUAGGCAGAGACAUUUCUACCACAACCAUCAGGGUUACAAGUACGGAUCAUUACUUUUUAAGUGACGGUCUUUAUGUAACUGAAGACCAGCUAGAGAACCAAAAACCUUUGCAAUUGGAUGUGAUUAUGGUGAAACCUUACAAACUCUGUAACAAUCAAGAAGAAAAUGAUGCAGUGUCUUCUGCUAAGAAGCCAAAGCUAGCACUGGAAGAUGCAGAAAACACUGCCUCUACUAACUGUGGCUCUUAUUCAGAAGGACUGGAAAAGGACACAGUGACACAGAAGAAGGGCCAAACUUGCCUAGAGCAGUCAUGCCCAUGCUUUUCUGAAAACCAAGAAUGCCAGACAACAGUCAGCACUGGGGAAAUUCUAGAAAUUUUGAAGAAAGGGGAUGCAUUUGUUUUGGAUAUUGACUUGGAUUUUUUUUCAGUCAAGAAUCCCUUCAAAGAAAUGUUCACUCAGGAAGAAUACAAAAUCUUACAAGAGUUGUACCAAUUUAAAAAGCCUGAUACCAACCUGACCGAGGAAGAUUUGGUAGAUUGUGUUGAUACUCGAAUUCAUCAGUUAGAAGAUUUAGAAGCUGCUUUUGCUGAUUUGUGUGAUGGUGAUGAUGAAGAAACUGUACAGAAAUGGGCUUCAAACCCUGGAAUGGAAUCACUAAUUCCACUUGUACAGAGUUUGAAAAAACGGAUGGAAGUACCAGACUAUGAAAUGGUUCACCAGGCUGGUCUAACCUGUGAUUAUUCAGAACUUCCUCACCAUAUCAGCACAGAACAAGAAAUUGAGUAUCUUAUUCAGUCUGUAUAUUAUUUACUGAAAAAUUUACCAAAACCUACUCUCGUGACAAUUGCAAGGUCAAGUCUGGACGAUUACUGUCCUUCUGAGCAAGUCGACACCAUUCAAGAAAAAGUCCUUAAUGUGCUGAGCUCCCUGUAUGGGGCUGUAGACAUUCACCUGGUGUAUUUAGCAGAGUGUUCUCCAUCUUGAAACAACACAACACUAGGUUCCUAUAACAUCUUGAUGUAAUAACAGGGUUUUCAUUAACUUAUUAUAAAUGAGUCUUCCAGAGAAGACUUUUGUUUUUAUAUUAACUUUGUUAAAAUCUUUCAGAUAGUUUGAAUCUCAAACAGAUCUUAUCAGUUGUUGAAUGAUGACAAUUUUUUUUUUUUUUACAUCAGUUCUACCCUCCCCCCCCAAUUGAUUGUUGCUUAUUUUUCUUCCUUUCCAUCAUAGUCUUCCUCAUUUUGUGCGGGUUGUUUUUUCCCCCUAGGUCAGUUGGACUGUACAAAAUUCAUUUAUUCACUCAACCAACUGACAUUUAUUGAGCAUUUACAUGUGCCAAACAUAAUUAAGUGCUGGGUAUAUGGUGAUGAACAGGAUAGACAAGGCCCCCUGCCCUCUUAGGGGAUGGCUAAGAAACAAAUUAUGGAUUACGAAAAGUAUUAUGAAGGAGCAACCACAAACAUGUCUUAGGCAUCCUCUUAGAACUCAAGGCAUCCUGGCAGGAUAAGAAAGUAACAUCCUCAAAAGCUACCAAGAAAAUAAAUAAAUAAACUUGCUAGUCCAUGAAAAUGUUGCAGGAAUCCUACCUUUCCAAGACUGUCAGGGUUGUGGUGCAGCUGUUGUGGCAAACUCACGUUAUUGUUGGUAUGGAGAAGGUCUAUUUGAGCAGUCAACAAAACAAAAAUUUUCUUUGCUAAUCAGAAAAGCCCUUCAGGGUUUUUGGUGCCUCCAGAUGAUCAGUAUUGGCAUCGAUUAUCGUUAUAGUUCCUAAGUGCCACUUUAUUGGCAGUCUGGGUUGAUAAUUUCUUCAAAUAAACUAGCUUUUAAUGUAAAUAGUAGAAAAAAAGGUAAAUCCUUAAUUCUGACCUACGGUAAAUACCCAAAGACAUAACUGCCUUCCACCAGCCUCCCCGUGAGGAAGAGACCCUAUCUGAGUCCCUCUAAAUCAUAGAACUUUCCAUUUGCUUAAUUUACCAAAGUCUUCCCGUCUUCAGCAUUCCCCAUGUUCAGCAAUUAUUUUUCACUACAUAAUUUCUUUUUCUUUAAAAGGUAGGAUGGCAUUUAAAGGGGGAAAAAAAAACAUCCAUCCAUUCCUCAGUCCUAACAUAGCAUUUGUUUUCAUUUUGCAUGUUACUGUCAGGCCUUGACCACAUGUGUACAUGUGCAGCUGCAUGUAACUGCAAUUGUAUGUUACCUAAUUUGAUGGCUAAUACCCAAGAUCACAUUACCAUUGCCACUCAAUAGAUGGCACCAGAUCCCAUUUUUCCAAUGAUGCUAUUUUCCUGCGAAUUUUUCUCGUCACCAAUUUCCCAAGGCUGAUAGCGUGAAUGCCUAUUUCUGUUGUGAAAAGCAAAGCAAAGUGAUUCAGCUUUCUAUUUUGAUAGAACUUUAUGUGCCAAAAAGUUUUCUCUGUAAAAUCAGAAUUGCAAAAGAGUGCUAUUUAUUUUUAAGUUUUGAAAAAAUUUUAUUAGAAUUCUAUAAACGGAUGUUACUUUUAUGAGUAAAUUAUUUUGUGUGCUAAAAUAAAUAAAAAGGUAUGUUUUGAGAUUUUAAAGAUUUAAAACAAAAAACAAAAAUUAAAAAAAUAAAGAUUUAAAAUCAAACCGUA